AUGCUGUCCAUUUUAAGAAAUUCGGUGAGACUAAAUUCAAGGGCUCUUAGGGUUGUGCCAUCUGCCGCCAACACCUUAACAUCGGUUCAAGCAUCCAGAAGACUUUUAACAAGUUAUUCAAGUUUUUUACAAAAAGAAACAAAAGACGACAAGCCUAAAUCCAUUCUUACAGAUGAUAUGCUGUUCAAGGCCGGUGUUGACGUCGAUGAGAAGGGCCAAGGCAAAAACGAGGAAACAUCAGGAGAAGGAGGAGAGGACAAGAAUGAACCUUCUUCCAAAAGUGAAAAAUCUAGAAGAAAAAGACAAACUUCUACAGAUAUUAAAAGAGAAAAGUAUGCUAACUGGUUUUACAUUUUUUCGUUGUCUGCGUUGACAGGUACUGCAAUCUACAUGGCAAGGGAUUGGGAGCCUCAAGAGUCUGAAGAAUUGAAGAAAGACAUCGAUAAUGGCUACACUUUAUCACUUAUGUAUAAAAGAUUCAAGGCCAGGUUCAACUCAAUGUUCACCUACUUCCAAGAGCCACCUUUCCCUGAUUUACUACCUCCACCACCACCACCACCGUACCAAAGGCCAUUAACUCUUGUUAUCACAUUGGAAGAUUUUUUGGUUCAUUCUGAGUGGUCUCAAAAGCAUGGUUGGAGAACGGCCAAAAGACCUGGUGCUGACUACUUCUUGGGUUACCUAUCGCAGUAUUACGAAAUUGUUUUGUUUUCAUCCAACUAUAUGAUGUACUCUGACAAAAUCGCUGAAAAAUUAGAUCCAAUCCAUGCAUUCGUAUCUUAUAAUUUGUUCAAGGAACACUGUGUUUACAAAGACGGUGUGCACAUUAAGGAUCUGUCAAAAUUGAAUAGAGAUUUGAGUAAAGUAAUCAUUAUUGACACUGACCCUAACAGUUACAAAUUGCAACCUGAAAAUGCUAUUCCAAUGGAGCCAUGGAAUGGUGAAGCUGAUGACAAAUUAGUAAGAUUGAUUCCAUUUUUGGAGUACCUUGCCACUCAACAAACCAAGGAUGUUAGACCAAUCUUGAACAGCUUUGAAGACAAGAAGAACCUAGCAGAAGAAUUUGAUCAUCGUGUGAAAAAAUUGAAGGAUAAAUUUUACGGAGAUCAUAAAUCUGGUGGCAACUGGGCAAUGACGGCACUAGGUCUCGGAAAUUCCCUGGGCGGCAGCACCAAGUUCCCGCUCGAUUUGAUUCAUGAAGAAGGACAAAAGAACUAUUUAAUGUUCAUGAAGAUGAUUGAGGAAGAAAAGGAAAAAAUUAGAAUACAGCAGGAGCAAAUGGGCGGGCAAACAUUUACGCUGAAAGACUAUGUUGAAGGUAACUUGCCUUCGCCAGAAGAACAAAUGAAAAUACAAUUGGAGAAGCAGAAGGAGGUAGACGCCUUAUUUGAAGAGGAAAAGAAAAAGAAGAAGAUUGCUGAAUCCAAAUAA